GCUGAUCCUUCAUUCACAACCGAAGAUUGAGUUAGUUAGUUGAAGUGUAGCGGUAACCUCGCUACAGUCACUACAAACUGUCAGCAUUUGUAGAACGGGAAGAGUUUGUGUUAUUUGUAGAGUUUACUGACAGUUAACAUUUGACACUCUCCAGCUCCAGGAUAGAUUCCAGUAGUUUAGUUAGAGGUUUUAAUAGAUGGUCAAAGUUUGAAGGGUUCAAAUUUGGUGGAGCAGUGUGUGUGUGUUGCUAGAGUGAGAAGGUUGAUAGUGGAGAUAGCUGGAGCAACGGAGAUAACUGUUACGAGAUACCAACCAUGGACCUUUUACUGAUAUCAUUGUCACUGAUAUCCCUCAGUUCCUACUCCAUAGAUGCAGCCAUCUAUGUUCCCAAACAUGGUCAUUACCUCUCAUCGGGAAUAAAAAGUUACUCUAGUCCGUUCCCAGUAAAACUGGUCAAAGUAACGAAUACGGUAGCCGUUCCCGUCCCCUAUCCUGUUCACAUAACUAAGACCGUUCCUUACCCGGUAACCGUUCACAAACCAUUCCCCUUCCCCGUUCCUCAUCCGUUACCGGUUGAAAUUACGAAGCCAGUAAUCAUCCAGCAGGCAGUACCUGUUCCAGUUCCCAAGCCGGUAGCGGUUCCCAAACCGAUACUGAUCAGUGAUGGAUUGGUGCCUCCUAGUGCAACAGGAAGCCACGGCUACCUAGGUUACUCAUUCUACGGCCUCUCCAGCCUCUCCCAACCGUCCGCCCACGACAGCAAGGAAUUCCUCUUCAACCGCGGACCAAUCACCUUCCAGCAGCGCCUCCCCGGUCCGGACUACGAUUACACCGCACCUCCGGAUGUCAGCUCACAAGCCUCCGACUACGGCGAGGGAGCUCCGUCUCAGGACUUCCAGCCUCCGCCCAACGCACCGUUCGAGCCCUUCCGGAACACCGAGUUCGAACCCUUCCGAAGCGCCGAGUUCGAGAAUGUCCGGAGUGCUGAGUUCGAGCACCUCAGGAGUUCGGAGUUGGGCAGUGCAUCCUCGGAACAGGAGAAGGAUAGCUAUUUCCCACGACAGGAAGACGAGUCGGAGGAGAAGGAUGUGUCUGAUAGGUCGUAGGAUUUGACUGUUUAGGAAUUUUGAUGUAGGUGACAAGUCCUUUAAGGGUUCACUGAAAUUAUAGAAAGGACUUUGAAAAAGAUAAAAUGUUCUGAAUGGUUGAAAGCUAUAAUUGUUCUCGCAUAAAAUUUUUUUGUCAAGAAUGAUGCCCACAUGAGCUCUAAGCUUCAAUCUUUGUCAAAUAAAAUUUUUGCGUAGGAUGAUGCUCACAAGAGAGCUCUAGGCUUGUGCGUGGGUAAUUACACGGAUAAUAAUGAGAGAUGAGUGGACCUACAGCUUCAUGUGGGUUCAAAACUCAUUUUAUUGAACACACUGAAGCUGCGUCUACACCACAGUUAUUAACAAAAUGUUAAUAGCUUAAUCGUUAUAGAUUCUAUUAGACUGAACGGAACUUGACAAACACAUAUGUUCAUCAUGUGUAAGAUAA